AUGAGUCAGGUGGUCGUGAAAGCCCAGGUGAAAAAAAAUAGUUUAGAAGUCGUGUCUACGCAGGAUCAGGAAGUGAAGAUCUGGUUCCAGAACCGCCGCUCCAAGUACAAGAAGAUGAUGAAGGCGGCGCAGACGGGCGGGCCGGGCGUGCCCCAGGGGGCGCCCGUGGGGCCCGGCUCUCCCCUCAGCUCGUCCCCCCUGUCGGCGACGUCGCCCCUGCAGACGUACACGACGGCCACGCCCCUGAGCCCGCCCCCGCAGACGCAGUCGCCGGCGCAGACGCACCCGCAGCAGCAGGGCGCCCAGCCGCCGCACUCGCAGCCGCCGCCGCUGACGGCGCUCGUGCCCAUCUCGCACGCCCACACCGCGCAGACGGGGCUGCCCAUGGGCCACCCGCACCACGCCCAGCACCCGCCGCCGCCGCAGCUCACGCCCUGCCCGCCCCCGCCGCACCCGCCGCACCCGCCGCCGCACCAGCACCACCCGCCGCACGCCGCCUCGCCCCACGCCCACGCGCCGCCCUCGCACGCCAUCCAGAUGCCGCCCCACGCCCACGGGCCGCCGCAGCACCCGCCCACGCCCACCAGCCAGCCCCCAGAGUCACACGGUUCGCCCCACCUGGGCCCGCCCGGCACGCCCUGCCCGCCGCAGCACCACAUGUCCCACGCCGCCCACGGGGGCUACAUGCCGCCCACGUCCUUACCCACGCCCGUGUCGUCCGCCGACCACAUGAGCCUGCCGCCCUCGGCGUCCUCCCCGGGCCUCGCCGCCCACCACUGGGACAUGAAGCCGCCCGUGUCCGCGCCCUACAUGUACUCGUGGUACGCCCCCGACCAGCAGCACCUCCUCACCUAA